ACACCAACACCAAAUCUCCACUGCAAAACAACUUAACAAUGCCCGCCAUCUUGUUCCCUAUGAAAUUUCAAUGUCCGUCGUCAAAGCUCGAGAUUGGCAGUGAAGACGGCCGAAGUUGCAAGUCUGUUUUUGCUAGAAUCUACGACAUGCUCUCCCUUAAGAAGCACAAAAAGCCUUGUUCGCCGUCUUUCAUGCAGCCAGUAAUGCGGGAAACAUCUCCAAGACAUGAUUUGGAGUGGGUCUUCCGCUUCUUCGACGUAAAUAGCGACGGGAACAUCUCGGCUACUGAACUUUGCGGCUGCUUGCAGAGCGCUGGGGAGAAACUCUCGUUGGCGGAGGCGGAGGCAAUGGUUGAAUCUUCGGACUCUGAUGGAGAUGGCGUGCUGAGUUUUGAUGACUUUGUUAGGCUUGUGCAUGUGGAGGAAGAGGAGGAUAGGGAAAAUACUCUCAAAGAAGCUUUUUCAGUUUACAAGAUGGGUGGAAGGGACAGCAUCACGGCGAGAAGCCUCCGGCAGGCAUUGCAGCUGCUGGGAGAGGAGAAGAGCUUGGAUGAGUGCAGGGUUAUGAUAAAGAGGUUCGAUCUCAACGGAGAUGGGGUCAUUUGUUUCGACGAGUUUAAACUCAUGAUGUUAUAAAUACUUUACUACCUUAGACCAUGACGCUAAUUUUUAAUUAUAAGUGCCGCAUUGAGCGCA